AUGAUGGGUUCACUGAAAAUUGUUUUAUUAUUAGGCGUAAUUUAUUUAUGUAAAGCAGCCGAAGAAGAUGUUCUUGAACUUACAGACUCAGACUUUUCUACAGUUCUAGCUCAACAUGAUACCGCUCUAGUUAUGUUUUAUGCACCAUGGUGCGGUCAUUGCAAAAGACUGAAACCAGAGUAUGCGGUGGCUGCCGGCAUUUUGAAGAACGAUGAAAAUCCAGUCGCUCUUGUGAAAGUAGACUGUACAGAAGGCGGCAAGAGCACAUGCGAGCAGUUCUCAGUAUCAGGAUAUCCCACAUUGAAAAUCUUCAGAAAAGGAGAAGUGUCACAGGAGUACAAUGGCCCCAGAGAAUCAAAUGGGAUCGUUAAAUACAUGCGUGCACAAGUGGGACCCAGCUCUAAGGAGCUCACAUCUGCUGAUGCCUAUGAAGCUUUCUUGGCUAAGGAUGAAGUUGUUGUCAUUGGAUUCUUUGAAAAAGAGACUGACCUUAAGGGUGACUUCUUGAAGACGGCUGACAAGUUGCGUGAAGAAGUUGCUUUUGGACAUUCUUCAUUUAAGGAUGUUCUUGACAAGGCUGGAUACAAGAAUGACGUGGUAUUGUUCCGCCCCAAGCGCCUGCAAAACAAGUUUGAAGACUCGUUCGUUGUAUACAAGGGCAACGAUGAGUCGUACUCGCUGAAGGCUUUCAUCAAGGAGAACUACCAUGGCUUAGUCGGCAUUCGCCAGAAGGACAAUAUGCAAGACUUCACCAACCCCCUGGUCGUCGUGUACUACGAUGUAGACUACGUGAAGAACCCUAAAGGCACCAACUACUGGAGGAACCGCGUGCUUAAGGCAACCAAAGAACAAAGUGAAGUGAACUUCGCCGUGAGCGACAAGGACGACUUUACCCAUGAACUGAACGAGUACGGCAUUGACUACGCCAAGGGUGACAAGCCUGUGGUCGCUGGACGUGACGCAGAAGACAACAAAUUCGUCAUGAGCACUGAGUUCAGUAUUGAAAACCUAUCAACCUUCACAAAAGACCUGCUCGACGGUAAACUAGAGGCCUUUGUCAAGUCAGAAGCCAUUCCUCAACAGAACGACGGUCCAGUCAAGGUAGCCGUAGGCAAGAACUUCAAGGAAGUGGUGACUGACAGCGGUCGCGAUGCCCUCGUUGAGUUCUACGCGCCCUGGUGUGGACAUUGUCAGAAACUUGCCCCCAUUUGGGAAGAGCUUGGUGAUAAGUUGAAGGACGAGUCUGUAGACAUCGUGAAAAUCGAUGCAACGGCCAACGACUGGCCCAAAUCUUUGUACGACGUAUCUGGCUUCCCCACCAUCUACUGGAAAUUCGCUGACAAGUCCAAGAAACCUGUCAGAUACAAUGGUGGUCGUGCUCUGGAAGACUUCGUCAAGUAUGUAGCAGAGAAAGCUUCAGUAGAGCUCAGCGGUUGGGACAGAAAGGGCAAACCUAAGAAGCAAGAGUUGUAA